CUUUUCCAACACACAGCUACCCGACAAUUCUCAAUCAUUACGGGAGUAUUUAAAACAGACUUCCGUUUCUUUCGAGUCAGGAUGCUGUCUCAUGACCUUUUUAUCAUCUGUCUACGAUUAACCCCUCGAUCUAGUGCCGAAAGCAAUGGCUCUACCGACUUUCAAGCAGUACUUCCUCCCAGAAAAGAACGGUUUCGACAGACUUAUGCUUCGUGAUGUCUUGAAGGUCUCCCCCAAGAAGGGGGAAAUUCUGGUGCGAAUCAAGGCCGUCUCUCUGAACUGGAGAGAUGGCAUCAUUGCCGAGGGCACGUACCCGUUUCCAGGCCCUGAUGCCCUUGCCCCCGGUAGUGAUGGAGCAGGUUAUGUUGAAGAAGUUGGCGAAUGUGUCUCAGAGUGGAAAGCCGGCGACCGUGUUCUAGCAAACUUCACCCAGGAACAUAUUGCUGGCCGACUAACGCCACUAACCUUGCUGACCCAGCUUGGCGGGGAGUCCCAAGGCCUCCUGGGUGAAUAUUUCAUCUUCCCCAGGACAGGCGUGGCCCGUAUUCCGGAUUACCUUUCCUAUGAAGAGGCAUCGUGCCUACCUUGUGCGGCGCUGACAGCUUGGAAUGCGCUAUACGGUCUGACGCCUAUUCGUCCCGGCCAAACAGUCCUUCUGCAGGGUACCGGGGGUGUAUCCACAUUUGCAUUGCAAAUUGCCUCCGCGGCCGGUGCAACGACUAUUGUCACCUCGUCCUCGGAUGAGAAGCUGGCCAAGGCGAAACAACUCGGCGCAACCUACGUGAUAAACUACCGGACGACGCCAGAUUGGGCCACUGAGGCCAAGAGAAUCACAGAUGGUCGUGGGGUGGACCAUAUUAUCGAAGUUGGAGGGACGCUCACAUUGCAAGCCUCUUUUGAUGCUAUCGCGAUGCACGGGGUCAUCCAUUGUAUCGGCCAUAUCACGAAUCCGGAUCCUCUAGGUGCAGGGAAAAAUCUCCGAGGCCCAGAUGCCGCAUUUCUUGCUCUAGACCGGCUUUGUAUUUUGAGAGGCGUGGUGGUGGGUUCAUUGGAACAAUUGGAGGAAAUGAUGCUUUGCUUUCAGGCAAAGUCUAUUCGGCCAGUUAUUGACCGUGUUUUUGACUUUGGUGACGUUAGGAAAGCUUAUGAUUAUUUAUGGAGUUCGAGUCAUACUGGAAAGGUUGUGAUUCGGGUUCCCCAAGUGUAAAUGCGUAUGCUAGAUAAUAGUUCUCCGCCGUUGUUUCACUUUUGAUAUUACAGAUUCAGAGAUUCUAUAGUGAGUCCUAGUGAAUAGGAUCAAUAAAUAAUUUGUC